AUGCCAGACGACGCGAAGGACAACGACGCGCAGAACAUCGACGAGGUGAAGAGCAGCGACGACGGGGCGGCGGAGCGGAAAGAACCCAUCAUGUCGCGUGCGGCCCGCCGCAAGGCGAAGAGGCCACCCGUCACGGUGACAGCGGAGAUGAAGGAGGAGGCGCGGGAGCGGCGCCGAGAGCUGCGUAAGUACCUGCGCCUCCUCAAGUCCAACGGGGCGCGCAGGAAACUCGCGAAGCUGCACGCAGAGAAGCGGGCGCGCGACACCAGCGAUGCGGAGGAGGCGUGCGCCCACUUCGACGUGGACGCACGGCCGCUCAAGAAGGGAAGACGCGAGUAA